AUCAUUCUAUUAAUUGCAUUCUUUUUUUUUUAAUUUACAGAUGUUACUUGGAAGAUGGAGCUUCAAAAGGUGCCUGGCUGAAUCGAUCAAGUAUUAUUUUUGCAGGAGGAGACAAGUGGUCAGUAGAUCCUCGAGUUUCAAUUGCAACAGCAAAUAAAAGGGAAUACAGUCUCCAGAUACAGAAUGUGGAUGUGUCAGAUGAUGGUCUAUAUACUUGUUCAGUGCAGACCCAACAUACGCCCAGAACCAUGCAGGUGUACUUAACUGUAAAAGUUUCUCCAAAGAUAAGUCAUAUUUCAAAUGAUAUUGUGGCGAACGAAGGAAGCAACAUCACACUGGCCUGCUUAGCUACAGGGAAACCUGAUCCUUCCAUCUCUUGGAGACAUAUUUCUCCAUCAGCCAAACCCUUUGAAAGUGGACAAUACUUGGACAUCUAUGGAAUUACAAGAGACCAAGCUGGGGAGUAUGAAUGUAGUGCUGAAAAUGAUGUCUCAGUUCCAGAUGUGAAAAAAGUAAAAGUCACAGUAAACUUUGCCCCAACAAUUCAAGAAAUAAAAUCCAGUGGCGUCACUCUUGGAGGCACUGGAUUCAUAAGAUGUGAAAGUGCGGGUGUUCCUUCCCCAUCUUUUGAAUGGUACAAAGGAGAAAGAAAAUUGAUCAAUGGGCAACAAGGAAUUACUAUAAAUAGCUACAGUUCAAGAUCAUUUUUAAAUUUCAACAAUGUGACAGAAGAGCAUUUUGGCAACUAUACAUGUGUCGCUGCCAACAAAUUAGGCACAACCAAUGCCAGCCUGCUUCUUAACCAAAUUAUUGAGCCUACCACUACUAGUCGUGUCUCAAGUUCAGCUCCAAGUACAACCCAGCUUGGGAUCACUGGGGGCACAGAAGUUUUCUUGUCCUGCUGGUACCUUGUGUUGACACUGUCCUCUUACACCAGCAUAAUGUACCUGAAGAACAUCGUUCUACAAUAA